GACCUAAGUCUGCAUCGCAGAUUGUCGCUGUACUACGUGCCAAGUACGCAUGCAAAUCUCGAGCGAGUGGGAUAAUGAGCGGCUCUGAUAGUGCACGAUCCACGAUUAAAGACCAACCAGGAGACACCUCAUGUUGCCUGCAUGGCGAUGGUGUGAAAUAUUUGGUCUCUGCAGCGCGAUCCUGAGGUUCUCCACCCCCACCUCCCGAUAUCGUGCCCCGCGUACGUCAGUUGGAUGUUGUCGGACUUUUUCGCCCCAGGAUAGCGAUGGUCGGCGAUGAUCUAUCUUUUUCAAUUUCUUUGCCAGAGCGCCAUCAACCCUCCCCGCACAGCGACUUGCUCGACCCCCCCAUCCAGACUUCGCUGACGAGUCCACCUCGUGCACAUGGCCGACCCUGCCGCACUGGAAGCCGCCGCGAGCGCGGAGGCGGCCAAGAAAGACACCGAAGAAGCGCGCAGGCAGUACCGCUUCUGGCCGCACGUCAGCAUCGGGACCCUGCCCGCCCUGAAGCCAGACCUCCAGGAGCGCGCGUGGCAGUCGAUACCGCACCCGACCCUGCCGCUCCUCGCCACCGCGCACCAGAAGUCGGUCACAAUCUUCAGCCUCAGCACUCUGUCCUCACACAGCACCCUGACGGGGGGCCACAACCGCUCCGUGCGCUCCGUGGCGUGGAAGCCCAACGCCGGCGCGGGCCAGCUGUGCCUGGUGACGGGCUCGUUCGACAGCACCGCGGGCCUGUGGCGGUACGACAACGACCGCCGGGCGGCUGGAGGAGCAGGAGGAGGCCGGGCGGGCGCCGCGCUGGAGCGGGAAGUGACGGCUGCCAACUCGGGGAGGAGCAAACAUGACGACGAAGAAGAUGGCGAGGAGGAAGAGGAGGACGACUGGGAGUUUACACUCGUGCUCGAGGGCCACGAUUCCGAGGUCAAGUCGGUCUCGUUCUCUCCUGCCGGGCAGUACCUCGCGACGUGCAGCCGCGACAAGAGCGUGUGGAUCUGGGAGGACGUCGGUCCGGGUGAGGCCGACGACGAGUGGGAGACGGUGGCCGUGCUGAACGAGCACGAUGGCGACGUCAAGGCCGUUGCGUGGUGUCCGGAUAUCAGUGGCAGCAGUAGCGGCAAUCGGUACAGCAGCGAUGUCCUGGCGAGCGCGAGCUACGACGACACGGUCCGGAUAUGGCGCGAGGACAACGACGGCGAGUGGGUGUGCGUGGCGGUGCUCGAGGGCCACAAGGGCACUGUCUGGGGCUUGCAGUGGGAGCCCAAGCCCAAGGACGGGAGGUUCCCGCGGCUCAUGACGUGGAGCGCCGACCGCACGAUCCGGUUAUGGUCGCUCAAGGAGGAAUCCGAAGAAGAGGACGACGUGCAGCCGGCGCCGGCAGCGCACGCGUGGUCUGGCGCACUGGGGGGGAUCCCGAACACCAUGCGUCGCUCGCUCAAGGAGGAGUGGGUUUGUACGGCGACGCUGCCGGCUUUCCACGACCGCGAGAUUUAUACCGCCUCAUGGAGCGCCUCCACAGGCAGGGUGGCCAGCAGCGGGAGUGACGGGAAGAUCGCCAUAUACAGCGAAGGUCCAGCGUCAUUCUACACGGGAGCGUCCGAGAAGGUCGCUCCUGCCGACACCGAGACCACUGACGCCGAGGCCGCAGCCGAGCUCGACGGCGACGUACAGAUGGGUGGUGGCGGCGGCGGCAGUAGUAGCAAACCACAGAAACAGCAGGACUACGACCACGAGCUGGGAUCGAAGUUGUGGAAGGUCGUUGGGUCAAAGGCAGCAGCCCACGGGCCGUACGAGGUAAAUCACAUCACUUGGUGCAAACGGUACGACAAGGCGUGCGACCCCGAGAAGAGGGGCGUCGAGGAGAUGCUCGUGACGACUGGGGACGACGGCACAAUCAGGCCGUGGCAGGUUAGUGCGCCUGUGCCGGAGUUGUCAUGAGGGAAUAGAAGACCAAAACUUCCUCCUUGGACAGCGUGGUGUGUAUUAUAUGGCCUCGGUGGUACUUGCAGUCGUAGAUACGCGACAGAAACGAAAAUGCUCUUUGCCCGAUGCCACACCAUACUCUCGAGACUGUUCAGUACUGUGACCAAGGCUCUACAUUUCGUUACUGACGCCCUUUCUCCCUGAUUCUUCG